GCCACCCUCAAUCAAUUCACAACUCACAACACCACCACCCUCGUCCUCGCACACUCAUCUUAUGCGUGUAUAGCCCUCUCUUCGCGCUCUCUAGUCACAUUCGUGUUCCCUCGCAGCCAUGAGUUUCUGCACCGCCAUGCAGCGUCCGGUGACAUCAUCCGCCACACUUCUCCGAUGGGUGAAGCCCUCGGCCGGCCAACACUACACUCAGUCGCUGCGCUGUUUCUCUUCAUCCGGAAGUGCCUAUAUGUCUUCUAAGCGCGAUAUGCAAACGGCCACUGCCUACCGCCCACACACUCUCCCUUCAUCGUUCCCGAUGCCCCGUGGCAGCGGUGGCCUCGAUACCUCGAUUACCGCCGACUUCCCCCUCCCCGGAGAAUCAUCAAAACCCAUCUCGAACACACAGUCCUCGACUAUUUCUCUAAGAGAAGGCGAGGCCCAGAAGUCUAAGCCGGUUGCCACCUCGACCACCUCGACCACCUCGACCGCUGCCCCGAAGACUUCCCCGAAGCCCCGUCGGCCAUUGCGAGCACGCAAGGCGGCGAUGAAAUUGACACCGCUGGCUACGGAGCAACUUCGCAAGUUGAUGGCACAGCCCGAACCCAAGUUCAUCCGAGUCGGAGUCAAGAACCGCGGCUGCUCGGGUUUGGCGUACCACCUCGAGUACGUGGAGAAGCCGGGCAAGUUCGACGAAAUCGUUGAGCAGGAUGGUGUGAAGGUUUUGAUCGAUAGCAAGGCUCUGUUCAGUAUCAUUGGCAGUGAAAUGGACUGGCAUGAGGAUCCGCUAAGCAGACGCUUUGUUUUCCGCAACCCCAAUAUCAAGGAAGAAUGUGGUUGUGGUGAAUCGUUCAUGGUUUAAGCCCUCGUUUCGAUAUAUUUCCUUGAUUGCCGGUUUUUUGGCGUUAGUCGAUCACGGUGCAUCGGACGGCGUUUUCAUCGUUUUCUUUACUCGGUUCCUGUUUUUGGGACUACGACCGCUCUUUGGGUCGGGUACAUACGCUUGAUAUCCAGUCGAUACAGAUUCUCCUCUUUCUUUUGAUCCUCGUUUUUCACCAUCAUGCUUCCAUCGCUCUCUCGUCGGGAAGGUCUUGGCAAAGGACCAAAUCGAGCUUUGCUGAUAGAUCCGUCUAGGCCGUAGAGGUCUAGCUGGCUUGCCACUUGUCCCCAUCAUUAUGAAUUUUCUAUAAUUGUAUCUCAGCACU